AUGCGUUUAGUGGCCGAUGCACUACCCUACAGAGGAUUAAAACACAAACGGUACAAAAAACUGAUUAUGGCAUUUAAUUUCAACGGAAAUCGCACUCAGUUCCACAAUUACCAACAUGGCACUUUGCAAGGAGACUCCCACUUACAGAGAUCUGGCUCAGGUCAUACUUUAGUUAUGCUAAGUUUCAAUGCCCAGAGGUCUAAGGCUGCCUCCACCAUGAUUAUAAAGAUAGUGGACGAGCAGGCAGCGGAUCUGGUGUGCAUACAGGAGCCUUACUUAAUCAAUAAUCAAAUUGUGCGUUUUGGUGGGUGGAAGGUUUUUCCACAUAGGAAUUUCUGUACAACUAUUAAAACGGGUAUCCUUAUUAGGAAUCCCAAUAUAAAAGCUAAUUUCUGCACAGACUUAAGUACGGCACUGGUUACAACAGUACUUCUCUCUCUUCAAGAUAAGGAUAUUUAUCUUUCAUCGGUAUAUUGCUCCCCGUUUCAGGAAAUUGAGGAACUCCUGGAUGACUUGCAAGAUAUUGAUGUCAAAAUAGGUAGUAAGCACUGGGUCAUUUGUGGGGACUUUAAUUCAAAGUCCUCCAUAUGGCACAGUCUGAUCAACGAUGAUAGAGGACAUAAGGUCUGCGACUUUAUAUUUGCUAAGCAGAUGGUGUCCUGUAACACCAGCCCCCUUGCUACAUAUAGUUGUACAAGGGGUGAAAGCUGGGUCAAUCUUGUUUUAGCCAGUGAUAGUGCUCAGCAUCUUAUACAUGAGUGUUAUACUAUUGAUGAGAACGGUGGGAGUGAUCAUCGUUUUAUUAAAAUAUCUAUCAAGCAUAAUGACAAUACUUUGUCAUUAUGCUUAACUAUGCCAAUACGAAGUUUAUUUACAAUGCGGCCAUUGAACCAGAAAUUUUGUACGCAGUCCAGGUGUGGAGAGAGGCCCUGGAUAACGUACACAUGA